AUGGCUGAGGUAGAACCAUUCUUAGCAGAUGGCAAUCAGGAAUUAUUUCCCUGUGAAGUUGGAAGACGCUUUGCAGCAGAUGUUCUGGAAAGGCAUGGACCAAUACGUAGAAAACUGUUCAACAAAAAACGUAAACCUUUCAAUUCCUUAAGAUUACAGGGCACUGACAUUCCCACCGUGUGGAAGGCUCCUCAAUCCAAGCCUCAACCCAUGAGAAAAUCUAACUGGAGACAACAACAUGAAGACUUCAUUACUGCGAUUUGAUCAGCAAAGCAGUGUACACUAGCCAUUAAAGAAGGCCGGCCUCUCCCACCUCCACCCCCUCCGUCCAUCAACCUAGAUUAUAUUCGGUGUCCAUAUUGUAUGAGGAGAUUUAAUGAAACCGCAGCCAAUCAACACAUUAAUUUCUGCCGGGUCUUUUAUCCAGCCCAGACGGCAGCCAAAUUGGCAACCAGGGCACAGGGUAGGGUUCAGAUGAGUCCAAAAAAAGGAACGACUGUAACCAGUGCCAUGGGAGCUCUGCUGCAGAACAGGGCCCUGGAGGCCAGUGUGGUCCCAAGCAGGCCAGGAUUAGCAGUGGACCCUGCUUCUGGAGCAAAACUCAGACAAGGAUUUACUAAAUCUUCUAAAAAAAGAUUAACUCCUAGAGGCCAGACUGGCUCCCUAAAAGUCCUCAGCCUGGAUGGCUGUGUUCCCAGGAAAGCCACCUAA